GGCAGGUGGCAGAAAGAUUUUCAGUAUACUAGCGUGCUGCGUGAUGCGAUAUUGUGGUGAUUUUAAAAAAGUGACAAAUAAUAUAAGGCUCUUAUUUAUGAAAUUACGGUGACUCGGGGUCAUUUCUCAUCAUGCAAUCGUCGAACAUGCUGCGAAAUAAGAAAGGAGUACUCAAGCAAUUCUGCAACUGCAAGAUCUUGCGCGAUAGUAGGAUUCAGACGGAGGAUCUGUGGGUGCGAGACGGAAAGAUCGUAAAUCCGGAGAAGAUCUUCUACGAUGAGAAAAUCAAGCCAGAUAUUAGGAUAGAUUGUGGCGGCGCUUUGAUCUCACCGGGGUAUAUAGAUGUACAAAUCAAUGGAGGAUUUGGCAUAGAUUUCUCAUGCAAUCUUGACAAUGUGGAGGAAGGUAUUGCUAAAGUAGCAAAGGGUUUGCUGGAACAUGGAGUAACAUCCUUUUGCCCUACAUUGGUUACAUCUCCCACUGAAGUAUAUCACAAAAUUUUACCAAGAAUAAAGAAACAAAAUGGAAGUAGCCAUGGUGCUGGUGUACUAGGUGUUCAUAUAGAAGGACCAUUUAUUAGUCCAGACAAAAAAGGUGCCCAUCCGGAACAUUGUAUUAGAAAAUUUGAUCAGGGAUUUAAAUCAGUUAUCGAUAUGUAUGGCGAGCUGGGCAAUGUGUGCAUGUUCACAUUAGCACCUGAGAUCCCGAACGCUAUAUCUGUUAUUGAAGAGCUAUUUAGUAGAAAUAUUAAAGUAUCUCUUGGACAUUCUAUAGCAAAUUUAAGUGAAGGAGAAAAAGCAGUUAAACAUGGAGCGUCGUUUAUCACUCAUCUAUUCAAUGCCAUGUUGCCUUUUCAUCAUAGAGAUCCAGGAUUGGUUGGUCUCUUAACGUCCGAUCAAAUCCCUCCUGGAAGAAUCAUUCAUUUUGGUAUAAUCGCCGAUGGGAUUCAUACUCAUCCUGCGGCAUUGCGGAUCGCUCAUAGAACGCAUCCCGAAGGUCUUGUGCUUGUAACUGAUGCGAUAUCAGCGUUGGGUCUGGAGGAGGGAAUUCAUCAAUUAGGACAGUUAAAGAUAGAGAUACGUAAAGGAUGCGCAUAUAUCGCUGAAACAAAUACACUAUGCGGUAGCAUAGCCGAGCUUUCCGAAUGUGUGAGAUACUUUAAAGAAGCUACAGGUUGUACAGUAGUCGAAGCUUUAGAAGCGGCGACUUUACAUCCCGCAAGAACCCUUGGUAUUGAUUCUUACAAAGGUGUUCUAAAUUUUGGGGCCGAUGGUGAUUUCAUACUACUUGAUGAGAAACUGGAAUUAUUGUCGACAUGGAUUUCGGGAGAAUGUGUUUACGAGAAGAAUACCGGCAGUAAAACAAUUUGAUGCAUGAAUGUAAAUAGAUAUUCCAAUAUGAAUCUGAAUCAAUUACUGUAUAAAGCAACUGGAUGUUUUAUAACUGCAUAUUUUAUAAUUGGGUUUUGUAUAAAAUGACAAUGUGAAAGGUCCAUGAAAGAGAUAUUGUUAUAAAUAAAAAGUCUUAAACUUAUUCCAGAAAAUAGCUUUUGCUGGAAUUUUUAUAUGUUUGUACUUAUAGCUUUUUACUUGAAUAAAUACUUGUUACUUAUAAAAAUAAA